CUGGGACUGAUCAGGCCACUAUUCUUCUGAAUCUCUUGGAGCAGUAUAGGCUUUUCUCGGGGCAGGCCAUUAAUUUGCAGAAAUCUGCUAUUUUCUUCAGUAAGAAUACUCCUCAGCGCCUCAGAACUUCUAUUUGUGCUAUCUUGAAUGGCAUCACUGUCCACAGAUCAACAAGAUAUCUUGGACUACCCCUGGGCAUCGGUAGAUCGAAAAGGGAA